GUAUCCUGAUCUGGCUUUCUGGAGCUUUUAUUUUUUAUGAGCUUUGAACUCGCGGAACUUGAAUUAAUUUUCUGAGCUGUAUACUGUGUGGUGAAAAAUCUGCCAUAGGAUUUGAAAGCAUUUGGUGUGUUCUUCAAUAGGCAUGGGUAGCCAAGAAGAGGAUAAUGGGAUAUCCGAAAAGCAACUGAAAAUCAUCCUUGUUGGAGAUUCUGGAUCUGGAAAAGUAACAUGAUGUUCUUUGUGUUGUUAAGUGACACCCAGCACAAGUGAUUGAAAUAUAGAUUUGCAGCAUUGUUAUGCUAAUCUGCACUGCACUAUAAAGACGGCGAUAUGUUGCCGGUACAGCCAGGACACGUUCAGUCCGGUCCACUCGUACACGUCCGGCGUCGAGUUCUACCUGAAGCGGCUGCGGCUGACCCAGGAGCGCAGCGUGACGCUCCAGCUGUGGGACGUCGGCGGCACAUCGCUCACCGGAGGCAUGCUCGACAAGUACCUCUACGGCGCGCACCUGGCGCUGUUCGUGUACGACAUCAGCAACUACACGUCGUUUGAGAACCUCGAGUCCUGGCUGAUGGCCGUCAAUGACGCCACGCGACAUCAGACGCGCGCCCUGCGCCGCAUCCUGGUGGCCAACAAAGGUGACCUGGAGCAUAUUCGCGCGGUCCGGGUGGACAAACACAAGAGCUUCGCGGCGGAAAACGACCUGAUGUCAUUCUUGGUCUCGGCUCAGAGCGGCGAGAACGUGGCGCAGAUGUUCCAGCACCUGGCGGCGGUGACGGUGGGCGCGCGGCUCACUCGCGCAGACAUGGAGCAGGCCUCGUCGGUGGUGCGUGCGCAGAUCUCCAAACCCCGUCCGGAGACGGCGGCGGCACUGCCGCGACCGCCCACCGCCAGCCGCCUGCGGGUCAAAUCCGAGGUCUGCGCGCUGAUGUAGAGCCGUGAGGGAGAGAGGAGGGGAGAAGGGAGAGGUGUGGAGGGCGGAGGGAGGAUGAAACGCUCCGGGGACAUGUUUGGUGUGAUUGGACAGGUUUGCCGCGAUAAGAUGCUGCUCAUCCGUCGGUGCCUGGGCUGUUUGCGGUAGUGUGAUAACAUGACUCACACAGCACUUAACAUAUUGUAUUGAUCGUAACCCGGGAGCGGGAAAUAGUCAAGGGCCAUCAGCUGAGUCAUCAUGAGUGCCCACAAUCGCGAAGAAUGUUGACAUGUGCCAGGUAUCUCAUAUUAAUCCCGCACAACUAUGAUACGAGUAUACUGAUUCACUUUAAUCACCGUGUUAUGUUGCGUGGCGCCUGAAUAAGUCGAUUGCAUUAUCAAAUACCGAUCUCAAGCCUCCGUCAUGGCUGUCUGUGAUGUUUUGGUGAACUUUUUAGCGCUAAAAAGACCAAUGAAUUAUAUGGUAGCGAUCUUAUAUGCGGUAUCCUACAGCUACAACCGUGGCAGAGAAUGAUAACCGAAACUGCCGAUAAAGGGCAAAGGAAUCGUUGCGAAUUACCGUACAUAUAUCAUAGUUACGAUAGUUACGAAAGAUAUGGCUAGUUGCGGUGUAUAUUUUUUUAUGUUUAUAAAAUUGGAUCUGAAACGUGAUAUAUUGAAUGAUUAGGAGCCAGCUCGAUGAAAAGGCAUUGAAUAUCGCAAUUAGCUUCGGACGAGGGUUGGCCGGCGAUCUGGUCUAUGUUUGUUUCGCUCUAGUUUCGUGUCGUUCGUGUUGCUCGCUGAUACGACCGUAACCAGUCCUGGUCAGCGACGACAGUCCGUCCAGUACGUGGCAGUCCGAUGUCGGGAUGGAUGUGGCUGGAUGUGGCAAUGUUCACCUGCCGUGGCGUCGAUCUGGACUGCCCCGAUCGAGGUGCUGGGUGCGACUGGCGAGGUGGUAGUAGGCACCUGUCAGUGUUUGCUGUUUCGUAUGUAUGUCGCUGGCUCGUACACAAAAGGUGUGCCUUCUAGAUCAUCGCAGUUUGCACUGCAGUUUUGUGUGCUACUCGUCUUUUAGCGAAUAUACGGCACUGGUACUCCCAGAGCCCACGAAGUCCCCC